AUGACCGAAGGAGUUUUAGCAAAAGUUCGACAAUGGUUUAUGAUUAUGCGCCAUUAUGGUGGCAUAAAAAAUACAAUUUUAGCACUUUAUCGUUAUGAUGAUUUAAAAGUUGGUACAUGUGUUGGCGCUGAUAAAUAUGGCAAUCAUUAUUAUCAAAAUCAGCGUUAUUUUGUUGGUCGUAGUCGUUGGGUUAAAUAUGCUGAUCGUGUCGGGCUUGAUUAUGAUGCAUCCCAAAUUCCACCUGAAUGGCAUCGUUGGUUACAAUAUAUCGCUGAUGAACCACCAACAAUUAAGCCAUUAAAACGACAAGCCUGGAUGAUUGAUAAUAUUGAAAAUAAAUCUGGUACAAGUCAACUUUAUGUACCAUAUACAACAGUUCGAUCUAAAAUUGAAAGUUGGAUACCACCAUCGGCAACAACAGCAGCACAGAAAACAGACGCGAUGAAAACUUAA